AGUGUGUACUGUCAUUUCCGGGGAAGCUUGUAACGACCUCAAGCGACAGGAAUAUCCGGUUCAGGAUUGGGGAGGCUCAGUCGGUACUGUGUAGUUUGUGGUGACGAUGGCGUUGUGGUCUUCCUCCUUUCAGGGUCUUGGUUCGGUUGAGGAGGAUGAGGAACGGGAAUUGACUCUCACGUCUAUCCAGCGCCUGUCGGAAACGCAGGGUUUUCUGUAUCUGACAUCAAAACCACUGAAGAGGUGCAAAGAUACCUAUGGUCAAGGGAUUGAAUUAAUCUGUCAAAACCAAAAAGAGUUUGUGAAGAGCUCUGUAGAAUCCAAAUGGAAUCUAGCAGAAGCCCAGCAGAAACUUGGUAGUUUAGCACUGCAUAAUUCAGAAUCCAUGGAUCAGGAAUAUGCUAAAGCACAGACUGAAGCUUCAGAACUGAGACAUAGAGAGGAAGAGUGGAGAAGAAAAGAAGAAGUGCUAAUACAGAGGGAAAGACAGAAUCUAUGGAAUACAGAUUCUUUUAGUAAGGAGGUAUUUAAUAAGAGUUUUAUUAGUCAAUAUAAAAGAAAAGAAGUAGAUGAUGAAGAUAUAUCCAAAUCACUUAUACAGAAGCAUGAACAAAAGAUUAGAUACUUUGGUAUGCUGGGCAGAUGGGAUGACAGUCAAAGAUUUUUGUCUGACCACCCGUAUCUUGUAUGUGAAGAAACAGCUAAAUAUCUCAUCUUAUGGUGUUUUCAUCUAGAAGCUGAACAGAAAAGAGCUCUGAUGGAACAAAUAGCACACCAAGCAGUUGUGAUGCAGUUUAUUAUAGAAAUAGCCAGAAGUUGUAAUGUGGAUCCAAGAGGCUGUUUUCGUCUAUUUUUCCAAAAAGCCAAAGCAGGAGAAGAAGGCUAUUUGGAAGCUUUUAAAACUGAGCUUGAAGCAUUCAAAUCAAGAGUGAGAAUCUGUUCACAGUCUCAAGGGUUUCAAGCUAUGUCAGUACAGAAUCCUAGUGUCUAUACUGGUAUUGUAGAAGGACUGGAGUCUUUGUCACAGGAUGCAAAUGAUCUACAAGGUUGCAUAAACAGAAGUGUCUGCGACUUAAACUCAAUGCUACAAAAAGAUGAAGAACCCAAAAUGAUGGACACAGUAUAGCACUGUUAAGACUGAGGCAAAGUACUCUUUUUUUAUUACAAAGAAAAGAAUGUGGCUAUUUUCUUGACACAUUUUUAUGGGUAUUGCACUUUAUUUUUGGUGCUUUGAGUGAGGGGGGAUUUGGAGGGAGGGUAAUCCGGAAAUACUUGUAAUAAUGUUUGAAAAUGUGCUGCUAGGUUUUUGGUUGUCUAUGAAGAAUGGGGUUCUCAUUGCCAAAUGUGAAACUGGAUGUGUUUUAUGCUACUAAAUUUGCCUUUCAUGAAUUUGGGAAUUAAAGUAUGAAAAAGAAAUUACAUAAAUACAAUGUUUACAAUAAGUGCUAGAUUUCUGGUGGAAUCUCUUAUGCUCUUAAAUCUGGUUUUAUCAUUAAUAGCAAUAAAUUGGUAUGACAUCAGUACUGCAGAUCUGGAUGGCGUCAAUUAAAACACUGGCUCUCUACCUCUUCUAAGAGGAUUUAAAUGUCACAUUUUGCUUUCAUAAAAAAAAUCUUGUGUGUUGUUCCCCUCCUCCCCUGUAUUGGGUUUUUGUGGCAAGGUUUUGGUAGCAGGGGGGUUACAGGGGUGGCUUCUGUGAGAAGCUGCUAGAAGCUUCCCCUAUGUCUGACAGAGCCAAUACCAGCCGGCUCUAAGACGGACCCGCCGUCGGCCAAGGCCGAGCCAAUCAGUGAUAGUGGUAGCGCCUCUGUGAUAACAUAUUUAAGAAGAGAAAAAAGUUGCGACGGGCACAGAAACGGCAGCCGGAGAGAGGAGUGAGAACAUGUAAGAGAAACAACCCUGCAGACACCAAGGUCAGUGAAGAAGGAGGGGGAGGAGGUGCUCCAGGCGCCGGAGCAGAGAUUCCCCUGCAGCCCGUGGUGAAGACCAUGGUGAGGCAGGCUGUCCCCCUGCAGCCCAUGGAGGUCCACGGUGGAGCAGAUAUCCACCUGCAGCCCGUGGAGGACCCCACGCCGGAGCAGGUGGGUGCCCGAAGGAGGCUGUGACCCCGUGGGAAGCCCACGCUGGAGCAGGCUCCUGGCAGGACCUGCGGAUCUGUGGAGAGAGGAGCCCACGGAGCAGGUUUUCUGGCAGGACUUGUGACCCCGUGGGGGACCCACGCUGGAGCGGUGUGCUCCUGAAGGACUGCACGCCAUGGAAGGAACCCACGCUGGAGCAGUUCGUGAAGAACUGCAGCCUGUGGGAAAGACCCACGUUGGAGAAGUUCGUGGAGGACUGUCUCCUGUGGGAGGGAUCCCACGCUGGAGCAGGGGAAGAGUGUGAUGAGUCCUGCCCCUGAAGAGGACGAAGCGGCAGAGACAACGUGUGAUGAUCUGACCGUAACCCCCAUUCCCCGUCCCCCUGCGCCGCUGGGGUGGGGUAGGUAGAGAAUCCGGGAGUGAAGCUGUGCCUGGGAAGAAGGGAGGGGUGGAGGGAAGGUGUUCUGAGAUUUGGUUUUAUUUCUCAUUACCCUACUCUGGUUGAUUGGCAAUAAAUUAAGUUAAUUUUCCCCAAGUUGAGUCUGUUUUGCCCGUGACGGUAAUUGGUUGAGUGAUCUCUCCCUGUCCUUAUCUCGACCCACGAGCCCUUUGUUAUAUUUUCUCUCCCCUGUCCAGCUGAGGAGGGGGGAGUGAUAGAGUGGCUUUGGUGGGCACCUGGCAUCCAGCCAGGGUUA